GAGGAGGUUUGCUCGCUUUGCGCAGAGGCUGAGCUUCAGGAGAAAGCAGAGCCAAUGUGAUUUAUUGAAUGAAAGCGCUGGACAGUUACCAACAACUUGUUCCUCUGCUGCCUCAAAUAGCCUAAGCUGGAACGGCCGUGUGAAAAUGACCCAACAGAUGCAGAAUUUGCAUCUUUCUCAGUCAAAGAAGCACAGCACCCCAUCAUCCCCCAACGCUGCCAAGCGCCUGUACAGGAACCUCUCGGAGAAGCUGAAGGGCAGCCACUCUUCAUUUGACGACAGCUACUUCAGAUCCAGAACGGACCGGCUCAGCCUCAGGAAGACCUCGGUGAAUUUCCAGGGCAAUGAAGCCAUGUUUGAGGCUGUUGAGCAGCAAGACCUGGACGCCGUGCAGCUCCUCCUUUAUCAGUACACGCCGGAAGAACUAGACCUCAACACACCCAACAGUGAGGGACUAACGCCCCUGGACAUUGCCAUCAUGACCAACAAUGUGCCGAUUGCUAGAAUUCUUCUGAGAACCGGGGCCCGAGAAAGUCCACAUUUUGUCAGCCUGGAAAGCCGAGCGAUGCAUCUCAACGCACUUGUCCAAGAGGCCCAGGACAGGGUGAGUGAAUUGUCUGCCCAGGUGGAGAAUGGAGGCUUUACCCUGGACAACACAGACAAAGAGAAGCAGCUGAAGGCUUGGGAGUGGAGGCAGCGGCUAUAUAGGCGCAUGAAGACGGGCUUCGAACACGCCCGAGCUCCCGAGGUGCCAGCCCAUGCCUGUCUCAUGGUUUCCAGCAGCACGUCACUCACCGUCAGCUUCCAGGAGCCCCUGAGUGUCAACGCAGCUGUAGUGACCAGGUAUAAAGUGGAAUGGAGCAUGUCUAAAGACUUUUCUCCUUUGGCUGGACAGAUCAUCAUGGACAACCUGCAGAGCCUGAGGUGCACGAUCACAGGACUUACCACGGGCCAGCAGUAUUUUGUCCAAGUCUCAGCUUAUAACAUGAAAGGAUGGGGACCUGCUCAGACCACGACACCAGCAUGUGCCUCUCCCUCUAACUGGAAAGACUAUGACGGCAGAGAGCCCAGACACAAGGGACAGAGCGAAGUACUGGAGAGCCUGCUGCAACAGGUCCGAGCCCUUCACCAGCAUUACAGCUGCCGGGAAAGUUCAAAAUUACAAACCACAGGCCGCAAACAGUCAGUGUCAAGGAGCCUGAAACACCUAUUCCAUUCCUCCAACAAGUUUGUGAAGACCUUGAAGCGGGGACUCUACAUAGCUGUUAUAUUUUAUUAUAAAGACAAUAUGUUAGUCACCAAUGAAGAUCAAAUACCAAUAGUUGAAAUCGAUGACUCUCACACCAGUUCCAUUACCCAAGAUUUUCUGUGGUUCAUGAAGCUGUCUUGUAUGUGGGAAGACAUAAGGUGGCUGAGGCAAAGUGUACCGAUCUCCAUGUCCUCGUCCACAGUGCUGCAGGCCCGCCAGAAGAUGCUUGCUGCAACGGCCCAGCUCCAGAAUUUACUUGGAACACACAACUUGGGAAGAAUUUACUAUGAACCCAUUAAAGACCGGCAUGGCAACAUACUCAUAGUCUCCAUCAGAGAAGUGGAGAUGCUUUAUUCCUUCUUUAACGGCAAAUGGAUGCAGAUAUCAAAACUGCAAAGCCAGAGGAAGUCUCUGUCGACACCCGAGGAGCCAACAGCCUUAGACAUUUUACUGAUAACCAUCCAGGACAUUCUCUCCUACCACAAAAGGAGUCAUCAGCGGCUGUCUCCUGGAUUGUAUCUAGGUUACCUUAAGCUAUGUAGCUCUGUGGACCAAAUCAAAGUUCUCGUCACACAAAAGUUGCCCAACAUUCUCUGCCAUGUGAAGAUCCGUGAAAAUAAUAACAUUUCCAAAGAGGAAUGGGAAUGGAUCCAAAAGCUUUCUGGCUUGGACUCUAUGGAAAGUGUGGAUCAUACUUCUGACUGCCCCAUGCAAUUGUUCUUCGACGAGCUCCAGAUGGCGGUGAAAGCUCUCCUUAAGCAGAUCAAUAUACCUCUGCACCAGGCAAGGAACUUCCGCCUCUACACACAGGAGGUGUUGGAAAUGGGUCACAAUGUGUCCUUUCUUCUCCUGCUCCCUGCCUCAGACGACGUCUGUACAGCCCCAGGACAGAAUAAUCCUUACACCCCACACUCAGGGUUUCUUAACCUCCCUCUUCAGAUGUUUGAACUCGUUCAUUUUUGCAGCUACAGAGAGAAAUUUAUUGGUCUGUAUUGCCGCCUUUCUGCUGUCAUGGAGCUGGACUCUCUGAAUACCCAACAGUCCCUGCGGGAAGCAAUCUCAGACAGCGAGGUUGCAGCUGCUAAGCAAAGACACCAGCAAGUUUUAGACUUCAUGCAGCAAAUAGACGAAGUUUGGCGUGAAAUGAGGUGGAUCAUGGAUGCGCUGCAGUAUGCAAGAUACAAACAGCCAGCCUCUGGACUGCCCAUUACCAAGCUGAUCGACCCCUGCAAUGAACAGACUCUAAAGAAGAUCAGCUCUACAUCAUCACACAUAGACUGUCUUCCGUCCCCGUCCCCAUCCCCGGAGAUGCACAGAAGAAAGGCAGUGAGUGAGUCGCAGCCCGGCUCCGACGAAGAAGGCUGCUCGGAAGUCUUCCUCCCCACCGACAGCGACUACGACUCCAGCGACGCCCUGAGCCCGCGGGACCUGGACCUGGUCUACCUGUCCUCGCACGACAUCGCGCAGCAGGCCCUCAGCGGCCUCAGCGGCAGCGCCCCGGACGUCCUGCAGAUGCACGACGCGACGGCCGCGGCGGCGCCGCCGGCUCGGGACCCUCGGGGCCGCGGCCCGGGCGCCGACGCGGCCGACCCGCGCUCGUGCGCCGACUUCCUGCACGGCCUCACGCUCGCGGGCCUGGGCCCCAAGACCCACGCCAAGAUGGCGCCGGGCGCGCGGCCGCCGCUGGGCUUCCUGGGGCGGCGGAAGCCCGGCAAGCAUGCGCACUGCGGCGGCCUGGGCCGCCACCACCGCUGGCUGCGCGCGCAUGGCGAGGCGCAGUCGCUGUCGCUGUCCGAGGGCGUCUACACGCAGCACCUGUCUCGGGCCUGUGGCCUGGCCGGGGAUCCGGCCGACGCCGCGAGUCCCGGGCCCGCCGUGGACGGGCCCCCGCGGGGCCUGGGCCUGGCCCACGCCGCCAGCCUCCCCGAGGAGCGCAGGAGCUGCCUCCACGACCCGAGGCCUCCGCUCGGCCCUGGGGUCUACGGGGAUCCCUACCCCGCCACCCUGGUGGGCCAGGACUCAAAGCCCUGGGCUAGCUUGAGCCCCAACCCUGCAGGCCGCAGCAGCCUGCCAAGCCCUACCAGCCCAAAGAUGAGCCCUGAAGGUCCCAAGUCCCAGGUCUCAGAAAUACUGAGCAGCAUGCUUUAGGGAAGCCCAUGCCGGUGAUCUUCUGAUCCACCUCCACUCCCUGCAUUCCCCUUACCGUAAACCCAGCCUGGCCGAUGCUACAAGUUCAAACCCCUCACCUGCCACCCCAGGGCCUGAUGUUGGGGGAGGAGGCUAGAGUUGGCUGUGCCCUUCCCAGCUCAACCUGGGAAGGGUAUGGAGCAGCUUUUGUUUCCAGCGUGCAAUGUGAGCCCAGUUAUCCAAACACACAGUUCUUUUGGGGGAGCCUGUGGUUAUAGAAGCCAGCUCAUAGAGGCACCUUCGAUUCUGCAGCUGACACUUGAAAUAUGACUGUAGGGUUAGAGUUCUUUCAGGAUUUGUGACUGAUGAAGA